UGUCGGAGACUGGUGAACGACAGCAGCGACGGGAAUGCAAGGGACUGAGGCGGCGACGCUACAUUUCAGGUUUUGGGUGGCUAACGCAAUUCCGGGAGGAGUCGGUAGUUGGGCACUGGAUCCCUUCGGACCUGGAGAACGUGUGACGCUGGGUCGGGGUUUGGUGAACCAACUGGUCGCUCCUCUAGUUGAAGGCAGAGCAAUAUUUUUUAAUCUGAAGUUAAUCUUUUUUUUGAGGAAGUUUGCAUCUGUGCCGGUCGGUGCUACGGCGGAGAAAUAUUAUUGGACUAGCAUAUUGGAUAUGUUUUGGGCACAACAGACUACUGCUUAAAAAUUACUUGGCAUGUGGCAGCGGAGGCGGCAAUGGCAGUGUGGCGGCGGAGGGCGGUAGUGUAUCAGCAAAGUGAGCAGUGUGGCAGGCAAUAGGGUUGCCAAU